AUGGCAGUAAUCAAAGAAACGAUUGCGGUGAUAGACAAGUCGGGGAAGAUGGUGUCGAAUAGUAAACAUUUAUUCGGCGUCUUCAAAGAAGCUCGUAAUGCUUAUCGCGAACGCAAAGCCGAGAUUCGUGCGGCCAAAGACGCAGAGAAACAAGCGCAAAUCGCAGAACAAGAAGCUCGUCGGAUAAUGGCGAAUCUUGCUCUGGAUGACCGGCGGUCCGUAGCAUCGUCGAGAAAAUCGGGUCGAACACGAGCUUCUCAGAAUAGACAUUCGUCAAGUCAUUCGCAACGAAUCGAUGUUCCGACUCAAUUUCACUACGAACAAGAUUUACAUCAUGGGCAGAUGAUGUAUCAAGAGCCGAGGUCGCUGCAACAAACAGGACGCCGUCAUACUACUCAGGAGAUAACUGCGAAGGAAUCAGCUACGGCAGUUGCAAGGUCCCAGUCUAAUAAAUAUAUUGAUAUGGAUCUAGCGUAUGGAGAGGCUCAUCCGUCGGCUUUACAGCACUACGAAAUGAGACCUGCAGAUGAGGAGGAAUUAAACGGACUUGUCGCCAAAGCCAAGGGUUUACUCGAAGAAGCCGACUGUAUGCAACACACAGCCACCGCCACAAUGGCUCAUCUACAGAAAAACCCCGAUGCCAUGGCAGCAGUCGCAUUGACUCUCGCCGAGAUUAGCAACCUAACGUCUAAAAUGGCUCCCAGCAUCUUGGCGAGUCUGAAACUUACCGCUCCGUCCAUCUUUGCGCUCUUGUCCAGUCCACAAUUCCUCAUUGCAGCCGGCGUCGGUGUAGGAGUGACUAUCGUCAUGUUUGGUGGAUACAAAAUCAUCAAGAAGCUCACAGCAGCACCGACGACUACACCGCCGAUGGAAGCUCCUCAACACGGAUUCCCUCCUCCAUACGAAUUCGCGCCUCAACCGAAAGAACCGUUAGCCAGUGCGGAUGAAUUACUUGAACUGCAAAGCGAACAUCUCAGCCGAGUGGAGGUCUGGCGGCGCGGUGUAGCCGAUUACGAAGCGAGCAGUGUUGGGUCCACGGUUGAUGGCGAGUUCAUCACUCCCACAGCAGCAAUGAUGUCUGGUCUCGACUUGUCGGAUCCUUCUGUCUUUCGCCGUCGGGGUGUAGACGAUGCGGAUGAAGGAUCAACAGCAUCUAGCAGAAGAUCGAAACACUCGCGGCAUUCGCGGCAUUCACGACACUCGUCCAGUAAAGGUAGUAACUCGAAAUCAACGACAGGAGAAUCCAAGAAGAAAAAGUCUGAGCCAAAAAGGUCCAGUAAGUUACGAAUGAUGUUUACAGCAUAGCGUUGGUUUUUUGAUAGAUGAGUAUACUCUCCUCUUUGUUUUGCAUCUGUGGAGUUUUCUGUUUAGCGAUCUUUCUUUUAUCCACGAUUCGAUUCUUGUAUGCUUUUGACAUAUUAUAUAUCAGCCCAGUAUAUAAUCGACAACCAAGACCUAGUUCUAUGUCCCUGACAAUAUCAGAUCGCUCACUUGUGUUGAUUCAAAUGGUUCGGAA